UAUGGAAACUGCUGGUGCUGCAGUCACUUAUGGGGUGCCUUGCAGGGAGCAGUGUCCUGCAGAGUCCUGUCUUCACCAAGCAGCCUGGCAGCAUUGUGUAUCCUGUGGAGACGGUGGAGAAGAACAGGGAGGUGGUGUUCAGUUGUGAAGCGCAGGGGAGCCCGCCACCCAUCUACCGAUGGAAAUUGAAUGGCACGGAAAUCAGUCCCAAAUCUGGAUCUCACUACAGCCUUUCUGGAGGCAACCUCAGAAUCAGCCAUCUGAACAAAGACCAAGAUGCUGGAACGUAUCAGUGCCUCGCCUCCAACUCUUUCGGGACCAUCGUCAGCCGAGAGGCCAGUCUAACCUUUGCAUAUUUGGAAAACUUCAAGACUCACAGAAGAAGCUCUGUAUCAGUCCGCGAAGGUCAAGGAGUGGUUCUGCUGUGCGGCCCUCCACCGCAUUCUGGAGAUCUCGUGUUCUCCUGGAUCUUUAAUGAAUACCCGACCUUUGUGAAGCAGGAUACGCGCCGGUUCAUCUCACAGGAGACAGGGAAUCUGUACAUCGCCAAAGUGGAGCCCUCUGAUGUUGGCAACUACACCUGUGUGGUGACAAAUACUGUCACAAAGACCCGGGUCCAGGGUCCACCCACUCCACUAGUGCUCCGCAGUGAUGGUGUGAUGGGUGAAUACGAGCCAAAGAUUGAAGUUCAGUUUCCAGAGGUUGUUCAUGUUGCCAAAGGAUCCACUGUGAAGCUGGAAUGCUUCGCUCUGGGAAAUCCAGUUCCAUCUAUAAACUGGAGGAGAAUGGAUGGCAUCCCCUUCCCCAGAAAAGUGGACAUGAGGAAAGCCAGCGGCGUCUUGGAAAUCCCAUAUUUCCAGCAGGAGGACGCUGGCACGUAUGAGUGUGUGGCAGAGAACUCCAGGGGAAUGAACACAGUGAAAGGGAAGCUCUCUUUCUACGCUCCUCCUCAUCUCAUUGAGAAACCCCAAGACGUCCAGAAGCUCAUUGAUGACUCGUUGGUGUGGGAGUGUAAAGCCACGGGGAAGCCGAAGCCUUCUUACAGAUGGAUGAAAAAUGGAGAGAACCUGGAAUCUACAGAGGAGCGUGUGCAGGUUGGCAACGGAGCAUUGUCAAUCAGUCGUCUGACCCUGUCCGACACAGGAAUGUACCAGUGCGUGGCCGGGAAUAAGCAUGGCGAAGUCUACUCCAAUGCAGAGCUCAGAGUAAUAGCCGUUGCCCCAGAUUUCUCCCACAACCAGCUGAGGAGCCAGACACUGGUGAAGGUUGGAGGAGAUAUUCUCAUCGAGUGCAAGCCCAAGAUGUCUCCGUGGGGUGUGAUCUCCUGGCGAAAGGGCAGCGAACCACUACGGGAAAGUAACAGGGUCUCCAUCUUGGACAACGGGAACCUUCGAGUAUGGAAUGCGACCAAAUCUGAUGCAGGUCUCUACACCUGUGUGGCAAGAAACCAGUUCGGUGUAGCAAGCAGCACAGGAAGUGUCACAGUUAAAGAGCCGACCGUCAUCACCACCCAGCCGUCCACGCUGGAUGUUACGGUGGGGGAGAGCGUGGUCCUGCCCUGCCAAGUGAGCCACGACCCGUCGCUGGAGCUCAAGUUCACCUGGUUCUUCAAUGAGCAGCUCAUCCACUUCGGGAGCCACGGAGGAUUCUUUGAAAAAGUGGGAGGUCAGCAUUCGGCAGGAGACAUUAUGAUUCGAAAUAUCCAGCUGAGGCAUGCGGGGAAGUACACGUGCGCCGUGCAAACGAAGGUGGACAGCAUUUCCAUCGCUGUGGACUUGGUUGUCAGAGGUCCCCCGGGGCCCCCUACUAGCAUCCAUGUAGAAGAAAUCACUGAUACCACAGCCUCUCUGUCCUGGAGGCCUGGUCCCGAUAAUCACAGUCCAAUUACGGCACACACCAUCCAGGCCAGGACACCAUUUUCCCUCGGGUGGCAGGCUGUCACCACAGUUCCUGAGGUGGUGGGGGGCCACCGGCUGACAGCUACAGUAAUAGACCUGAGCCCUUGGGUGGAGUAUGAGUUUCGAGUCCUGGCAAGCAACACCAUCGGGACCGGCGAGCCCAGCAAGCCAUCUAAACAAGCAAGGACAAAGGGGACCUCUCCGAAGGUCACACCAGCUAAUGUGAGUGGAGGCGGUGGCAGUCGCUCCGAAUUAGUCAUCACAUGGGAGCCGGUUCCGGAGGAGUUGCAGAACGGACCAGGUUUUGGCUAUGUUGUCGCUUUUCGGCCCCACGGUGCCACAGGAUGGAUGCAGGCUGCUGUACCGUCUGCUGAAGCAUCAAAAUAUGUCUUCAAGAACGAGAGCAUCCAGCCCUUCUCGCCUUUCCAUGUGAAGGUCGGGGUUUAUAACAAUGAGGGGGAAGGGCCAUUUGGACCUGUUACCACUAUCUACUCUGCUGAGGAAGAGCCUGGCCGAGCUCCCACCAGGGUCCGCGCCAAGAGCCUCUCUGCAUCCGAGAUUGAAAUUUCGUGGAAAGCGCUGCCCUGGAAUGCCAGCAAAAAAAGAGUCCUGGGCUAUGAGCUGAGGUACUGGAGUAGAAGUGAAAGGGAAGACACGGCCAGUGUGCAAAAGACUGUAGGAAAUCAAACAUCUACUAUUAUCCGUGGGGUGAAAGGCAGCACCACAUAUUACAUCUCAGUGAGGGCGUAUAACACUGCCGGAACGGGGCCUCCCAGCUCCACGGUCAACGUUACCACCAAAAAACCACCACCCAGUCAGCCGCCAGUUAAAGUGAGGUGGAAUGCUUCAAACUCCAAGAUUAUAUUGAACUGGGAGCAGGUCAAAGCCCUUGAGAAUGAGUCAGAGGUCACUGGUUACAAAGUGCUGUACAAGAAGAAUCAACACAGCCGCCCCAACGUCAUGGAAACCAACACGACCUCUGUAGAGCUCGCUCUGCCCACCGACCAGGAUUAUAUCAUCCAGAUAAAGCCAUUUGGAGAGGGAGGGGAAGGCAGCAGUAGCAGGCUGAUCACCAUCCCGAGGCUACCAGGCCCCAACGCAGUCGGCUCGGCAUCCAAGGUCUCCACUCUAUCAGCCCUCAGUACAAUAGCACUGUCUUUCACAGCACGGACAUCUUUAUGACAAACAGCUCCCAGCAGACGUUGCAUCUGAUGUGAAGACAGCUCUGCAGCGGAACGCAAACACAGCCCACUCUGGUGUAACUAGAUCCAUUCAUUUAGAUUUUAGAGGCAGAAGGAAGAAAUAAAAAAUAAAAAAAAACAUGCCAUUGAGAUAUGACAGGGAAGGAGUCCCCUUCAG